GAUAUCAUGUUGGAGGCAUUGAUUUGUGCGGAGGAUUGGAUAAAGUAUCAAGAUGUCGGGGCCGGAGAUAAUGCCGAUAGGGAAGAAGAUGAAGAGAUCAUGGAUUUGGAAAGCGUUAAUACCACUUUCCAGUCUAGAAUGGAAAGUGCAAGAAGUGAUGUUGGCAAUGUUGCCAAUGCAGAUGCAAGUCAGAACAUUCCAGAUGGGAAUGAGCAGGAGGGUGAAGAAAAUGUGCAGGAGAAAGAGUAUGAGAAAGAUGGAUAUGAC